GAGGCCGGGGCGGUGUCGGCCUCGGCCCGGGAGGGCUUAUUGGUGGUGGUGGUGGGAGUACGCUAAGUCCCCCGGGCCGUGGGCUGCGGGUAGCCCAGGGUUGGGGUAGGCGCUGUCUCCUGGGACGUCACCCCACCCUCCCUCCAGCUCGGGGUACGUUUUCGUCCCUGACCUGGGUCUAUAAUAUUGUGACCAAGGCCCGGAAUAUGGUUCCGGACGCGAUCUUGUUAUUGGUUUGGAGAAACUAGUGCUAAUUGCCCCUUCCCCCCUCCUCCCUUUCUUUUGCCUGUGCUGCCCAGAGCUCCGCAUCCAUCCCUGGGGAGGCUGCUCGCUCGCCCGCCCACUUCCCUUUCCCAGUUCUAUCUCGCUUUGCGGACUCGCAGACCUUUGUUUUGGUGGGAGUUGAAGCAAGCAGCUGAUCAGUCUUUGAGAAAACUGCCGAAAUUCAGAAUUCACCUGGUGCUUCAAAACACAAAAUAUGCUUUUGGAUCCUAGGCUUUCUCUAGCUUGUUUUGUUCUCUGAAGGCCUCUGGAGAAAGGCAGAUUUUGAGGGUGCGGGGAGAUGGAACAGUCUUCAUGGGUAAAAUUUGAAGAUGUAGCUUUGAUGGAAACGACAACAUUGUCAUCUUUAAGUUAACUGGUGAUAUGUCAAUAAUGCUAGUUCACAGAGAAAUUAAUGCAAAUAGGGCCUCCCUUUGCAGCACAAAGAAUGAACCAAUAGUGAGGAAAAAGUGCUUUAACUUGACUACCUGCCUGUGAAGAGGAUGUUUUAUUCUUAUAACAGACAUCAGUGGGGUCUAUGAUAGAAACGAUGGCCGGCUGUGGUGAAAUUGAUCACACAAUAAACAUGCUUCCCACAAACAGAAAGGCAAAUGAGUCCUGUUCCAAUGCUGGACCUUCUCUUACUGUCCCUGAAUGUGCCAUCUGUCUGCAAACAUGUGUUCACCCAGUCAGUCUUCCGUGUAAGCAUGUAUUCUGCUAUUUGUGUGUAAAGGGAGCUUCAUGGCUUGGAAAGCGAUGUGCACUCUGUCGGCAGGAGAUUCCUGAGGACUUUCUUGACAAGCCAACCUUGUUAUCACCAGAGGAACUAAAAGCAGCAAGUAGAGGCAAUGGAGAAUAUGCCUGGUAUUAUGAAGGAAGAAAUGGGUGGUGGCAGUAUGAUGAACGCACCAGCAGGGAGUUGGAAGAUGCUUUCUCCAAAGGUAAAAAGAGCACUGAAAUGUUAAUUGCUGGGUUUCUGUAUGUUGCUGAUCUUGAAAACAUGGUUCAAUACAGGAGAAACGAACAUGGACGACGUAGGAAAAUUAAACGGGAUAUAAUAGAUAUACCAAAGAAGGGAGUAGCUGGACUUAGGCUGGACUGUGACUCUACUGCGGUUAACUUAGCAAGAGAGAGCUCUGCAGAUGGAGCGGACAAUAUAUCAGCCCAGGCUGGGGCUUCUGUGCUGCCUCUAGUGUCUACUUCUGUUAGGCCCUUAACUUCACUAGAUGGCCAGUUAACAAGCCCUGCAACACCUUCGCCUGAUGCAAGCACUUCUCUAGAGGACUCUUUUGCUCAUUUGCAAAUCAGUGGAGACAGCAUGGCCGAAAGGAGUCACAGGGGAGAGGGAGAGGAAGACCAUGAAUUACUAUCUUCAGGCAGGGUACCAGCACCAGAUGCCUCCAUUGAGGAAACCGAAUCAGAUGCUAGUAGUGAUAGUGAGGAUGUAUCUACUCACAUUGCACAACACUUAUCUUUGACUCAGCAGAGACAUUUGGUUCCAAAUGUAAAUCAGAUAGCAGCUGAUAGACCUGCAGCAGGGGGUGGAGCAGUGAGUGCCAGUGUCAGGUCUAGAAGACCUGAUGGACAGUGCACAGUAACUGAAGUUUAAAGAUUUUUGUCAGCCACAUGUUCAAGAAUACAAGUACAUCUGUAAUGGUAUCUGUAAAUUUCUGCCCAUGAGACAUUACACUCAUCCCCUAGUAGUGUAUUUUGGGGUUAGGGGGUGGGAAAGGGGAAUGGGAAGAAUUGGCCUGUAACUAAAACGUCUAGUAUGUCUCUGGAAAAUUUAUUUAAAAGUCAGGAACUUGGGUGUUGAUAGUUGAAAGCUACUUAGCAAUACCCAGUUUUUCUUCUAAAAGUCUUUUUAUUUUGUAGUGGGGUUUUUUUGUUUUUGUUUUUGAGAUCCUCAAUCCUUUUGGCCACUGUGUAUUUCUCUGCAUUAACUGUCUUCAUUAUCUGACUGUUGCAUUGUGUCUUAUUUCUCUGCAUGGAUCGACAUAUGGAAAGAACACUAAAUUUGGGAGCAAAUAUGAGAAUGCUGGUUAUUGAUAAGAGCAGGAUGCUUAAUUUAAUAUGAAAAUAGAUUAUGUUGGAAGUUAUGAGGGAUAUUUUAAAUAGGCAAACAGCAACCAUUUUAUCUUGCAAGUUCUUAAAAUGAAAAUGUAAACAGCUAAUAACUUCUGUUCGAAAAUCCUGACUGUAACAUACAUUGUAGUGUUCCCAUAAGCUUUGCUGUCUAGUCCUUGUAGUUUGAGGUUUCUCCUAAUCUGUCUCAUCUUUUUCUUUUCUUCUUUUUUUGUUACAAAAUUUAUAAUUUAAUAAAUAGUACAGUUUGUCA